GUAUUGUAGAACCGGAAAGUGUGUGUAAUUAACUUUAAUGCUCGGUUUUUUCUGCCAGAUUCUUUCGUUUUAUGCAAAAACGCAUCGAAUAAGCCUUUAUUGAUUUUUGAAAUGCGGAGAGUAGUCUGAAUAAUUACCAAAUUUUGAUUAAAUUAUUUAAUUGUUGCUAAUAAUUAUGAGAAAAAAUAUGAAUACUCGUAUCACUGGAACAAAUAUCAUUUUAGUACCGUAUCAAGAAAAGCAUGUUAUAAAAUAUCAUGAAUGGAUGAAAAAUCCUAUUCUGCAAUAUCUGACAAGUUCCGAGCCGUUGACGCUGGAGGAGGAAUUCAAGAUGCAGAAACGUUGGUUGGAGGACGAGGAUAAAUGCACUUUUAUCAUAUUGGACAAACAUGUCUACCUGACAACCAAAAAUGAAAUAAAUGCCAUGGUGGGAGAUACAAAUUUAUUUUUGCACGACUCACAGGGACUGUGCGUCGCUGAAAUAGAAAUUAUGAUAGCUGAGGAAGUUAAUCGAGGCAAAAGAAGAGGCUGGGAAUCUAUUAUAUUAAUGUUACUCUAUGGUACUGAGACGCUAAACAUUAACAAAUUCUGCGCCAAAAUUAAAUUAGACAAUGCAGUGAGCAUAAGAAUGUUUGAGAAACUUGGUUUCCGAGAGGAGGAAAGAAGUGAAGUUUUUCGAGAAGUUACCCUAGAGAAGGAAACAUCUUCUGAUUGGACGAGUUGGUUGCAUUCUGAAUUACAAUCUGUUAUACCUAAUUAACUAUUGUUGUUAUUAAAGCAAAUUUAAUAUAAUUUAUAUAUUUGUAA